GUUCCGAUACGACUUCUGGUUUAUGUGGACUAUUCGUCUUGCUUUUCUUCCGAAGCUACUGUAGUUAUUUUUCUGUAUAAUUAUUCGGUAUCGCUAUCUAGCUGACGCGAGUAUAAACUUAUGAUGAAGGGGGAUAAAUAGCUAGUUUGCUAGCUCCAUAUCCAGUGCGAUACAGUUAGCUCUGAAGCUAUGAGUCAACUGUUCUUCAUGGCUAGGUGCGGCUAGUUUAGACAGGUAUUUAGCCAAGUAAGUUUGAGCUUUAUUUGUUUUGCCGUUCAGGCAGGGCAGUGAGGGGUUUCUUUGAGUCUUUUCUGAUUUGUGUGACGUUUAAAACCUAUGAAAUGUGAUGUAGUUUUCGACACAGCUGCUAGAACACACCUCGAUAUUUUCUGUGAUGGUUGUUUGUUCAGAACCAGCUGUUUCUAACUGAAUUGCGUCCGUGAUUCGGAAAGAGGGUGAGGAAACUCGGGCUUAGUACGGAGAGGAGACGAGCACAGCUGAACAACACUGGCAGGGCUGAUCUAACAGAGGCUAAAACCAAACCAGCUCGUGUUUGCAGUAAUCAUUUUAUCUCAGGAGUGACGCGCUCCCUGCUUAUAGGAUGCUUGUUGAAUACAGUGCUGACUCUAUGGCUUCUUUCUACUUGGCUGCUGACUGUCUGCAGUAGCAUGAUGGUAGACGUCUCCACGCAGCCUGUCCUGAAGCGCCUCCCCAAGUGAUAUGAUAGUAGCCACCUGGAUUGCAUUCUGUGCCAGCAGGAGCCUUGCACGGGUUCUGCAACUGACUGUCGAACAGCUGCGAUCUGUCCAGUUGUGGCAGAGCCUCGUGGGUCACAGAGCCAUGGGAAACAGCUGCGUGUGCAGAGAGGACAGUGAUGUGGAGGAGGGAGCGGCGCCUCGGAGGCAGCUCAGGCGGGUGGAGAACUCCGAGCCGCCCGAGGUUAGGGGCAGCCGGCCCCGGGACCCCGUCCGACCACCCAGGCGAGGCCGCGGCCCUCACGAACCACGGCGGAAAAAACAGAAUGUCGACGGGCUGGUGCUGGAUACACUGGCUGUUAUCAGGACUCUUGUUGACAAUGACCAGGAGCCCCCUUACUCCAUGAUAACUUUGCAUGAGAUGGCUGAAACUGAUGACGGGUGGCUGGAGGUGGUGCAGUCUUUGAUCCGAGUCAUUCCUCUGGAUGAUCCGUUGGGUCCGGCUGUGAUCACCCUCCUCCUGGACGAAUGCCCUCUGCCCACCAAAGAUGCUCUGCAGAAGCUGUCGGACAUGUUGAGUCUGAGUGGUGCUGUGGCUCACCAGGACGCCCUCAUCCCUGCCAAGCACCGCAACACCACUGCAGUGCUGGGCUGCCUAGCUGAGAAACUCGCUGGUCCUGCUAGCAUUGCACUCCUCAGCCCAGGAACCCUGGAGUAUUUGCUGGAGAGCCUGAGCUCUGAGGCCCACCCUACUGUAAUGCUUUUUGCUCUCAUUGCUCUGGAGAAAUUCUCCCAGACCAGUGAGAACAAACUGACUGUGUCCGAGUCAUGUAUCGGUGAUCGGCUAGCGGUCCUGGAGUCCUGGGCAGAUCACUCGGACUACCUUAAACGCCAAGUCGGCUUCUGCGCACAGUGGAGCCUGGACAACCUCUUUCUAAAAGAGGGUCGGCAUUUCACUUACGAGAAAGUGAACCUGAACAACAUCAACGCCAUGCUCAACAGCAAUGACGUCAGUGAAUAUCUCAAGAUCUCUCCCAGCGGACUGGAGGCACGAUGUGACGCGUCAUCAUUUGAGAGCGUGCGCUGUACAUUUUGUGUGGACUCUGGUGUUUGGUACUAUGAGGUCACGGUGAUCACUUCGGGCGUCAUGCAGAUCGGCUGGGCCACCAAGGAUAGCAAGUUCCUCAACCAUGAGGGCUAUGGGAUUGGAGAUGACGAGUACUCCUGUGCAUAUGACGGCUGCAGGCAGCUGAUUUGGUAUAAUGCACGCAGUAAACCUCACUCCCACCCCUGCUGGAAAGAAGGUGAUGCCAUAGGAUUCUUACUGGACCUCAGCAAGAAACAGAUGAUUUUCUACCUGAAUGGACACCAACUUCCUCCUGAAAAGCAGGUGUUCUCCUCUGCCACGUCUGGCUUCUUUGCAGCAGCCAGUUUCAUGUCCUACCAACAGUGCGAGUUCAACUUUGGGGCCAAGCCAUUCCGCCACCCCCCGUCUGUCAAGUUCAGCACCUUUAAUGAAUUUGCCUCACUUGCAUCUGACGAGAAGAUAAUCCUGCCCAGGCACAGACGCCUAGCCCUUUUGAGGCAGGUGAGCAUCAGAGACAACUGUUGUACCCUCUGUUGUGACCAAAUGGCAGAUACAGAGCUGAGACCAUGUACACACAGUGGGAUUUGCAUGGAGUGUGCCUUACAGCUGGAUACGUGCCCGCUGUGUCGUCAGGACAUUCAGACACGAGUCAGACUCAUUUCACACGUGUCCUGACACCAGCUCUUAAAGCCAAGACACGGACAUUCCCCCUAGCUUCCAUCCCAUCCAAGUUCUGUCCAGGAGAUCCAGGCUGACCAAUAGAACCAUGAGGCUGUUUCAGGAUGGGAUGCUGCAGCUCAAAAUGUUGAAAGGAAGGAGAGCUUGAAGCUUGCUCCUGAGGAGAGAGAAGGGAAAAAAAAAAACCCCAGAGGACCAGAAGAAGAAAUGGGAAGGAACAUGUGGACUCUAAGACGGUCAGCCCCAGCGAGAGGGGAAAACUUGGGGAGGUUGAGUAGUUUCUCAGAAGGUCAAAGCAUCAUUUCCAGGAAUAUGACAAUUAAUGCAUGUCUUGCUGUACAUGCAUUAUGUACACAAGUAUCUGCCUAGGACUCGCUCCCUAAAGGCACGAAUCAACAGUGCCUGCAUAUCUCUAUGUUCAGAUGUGUUGUAUGUAUCUGUGACUCUCUCUUAUGUUUUAAACUCGACCACACAAACAGCAGUUCCUUCACCUCUAUUUAUCCACGUUGAUGCAGCUCCCUGAGACAGAGCAACCUUAAUAUUUUCUUGGCUCGUUCACUCUCUUUGCCAUACUUGAAACAAUUACGGGAUGUGUCCCUUGCAUUAUAAGUAGGAUGGAUUUGAGAAUUAACGGAUUUGAGAAGCUGUGAUUUAAAAUCGGAUUAUGCAGACUUUUUUAUUGUACACAAUGAAAAUGCUAUUUAGUAUCUGGGGGCGUCGUGGCUCAGGUGGAUAAGGCGCCAUACCAUAAAUCCGGGGACCCGGGUUCGAUUCCGACCUGAGGUCAUUUUCCGAUCCCUCCCCGUCUCUCUCUCCCGCUCAUUUCCUGUCUCUACACUGUCCUAUCCAAUAAAGGUGAAAAAAGCCCAAAAAAUAUCUUUAAAAAAAAAAAAGAAAAUACUAUUUAGUAUCAAAAACUAAAUUUUCAGAGAUUAACCUUCGACUUGCAACCCCACACAUUCAGGCUGCAGUGCUGUUCAGCAGUUGAGUCAUUUGCCUUGUUUACUUUUUGUUGUGUAAAGAUGCACAUACAGUAUCUCUAUCACGGAUAGGGAGAGUAAAAUGUUAACUUUCAGACGCAGUUAAUGAGCAAGAGCUCCCAAAGAUUGUAAAAGACUGAAUUCAGAAUCAUUCUUUUUCUUAACUGUGAUGUUUAUAAUAAACAUCUAAUUUAUGUGUUGCAUAA